GUUAUAGGCUCGUUGACAUAACCUUGCCGGGCAGACGAGCCGCGGCAAACGCACCUCCGCUAUAUAAGUGACUGACCGGUGGCCGCCGUGACACUUACCGCUCCGCUGGUUCGCCCCGGGAGUACAUCACAACUAUGAACGCACUACUGGUAUUAGCGGUUGUUGUUGGCGCCGUCUCGGCGGACGUAAGUCUAGGGUACCACUACAAAGUACCGCAUACCUCGUAUGGGGUACCUUCCUAUCAAGUUGACAACAAUUACAACACCGCCUACUCAAGUGCCGGUGCAUCCAAUGUUUACAAAGGCCCAUCUGGAUAUCAAGGACUAUCAGUUGGACAAAAUGGUGGUUACCAAGGAGGAUAUGCUGGGCUUCAAAGUGGAGUCGGUACUAGUUCUGGACUCCAAAGCACUGGCUCGGGUACACAAUAUUAUCAAGUUCCCAGCUCCGGUAGCUCUAGUGUUAUCGCGAACACCCUUCUGCAACCUUCUUACCAGUACCAAACUCAGUAUCAACAUAAAUACCAACAACAAUACCAAAUCCAGCAACAGCCUGCCCAAGUAUUCAAACAUUACUACGUUCAUGCUGCUCCUGAGGAACCUGAACCCGCUCGACCUCGCAAUCCAGUAGUAUUACCUGCUCCACAAAAGCAUUACAAAAUUAUUUUUAUCAAAACCCCAGUACAAACUGCAGUGGCUCCUCAGUAUAUUCCAGUCCAACAACAAAAUGAAGAAAAAACCAUCGUUUAUGUUCUUGUAAAGAAACCUGAAGAAUACCAGGAUGUCGUAAUACCAAAAGUGGAGCAGAAGCCUCCUUCUAAGCCAGAGGUAUACUUCAUCAAAUACAAUAGCAAAGAGGAUUCUCAAUCUGUAAUUAACAACAUCGUUAGUGACUUCAGCAACAAAGGUCAGUCCGCGAGUUUCAGCAGCGUUGGAGGUGAUGCCUCAUCUGGAUCCUUUUCUGGUCAAUCUGUGCUUGGUUCCGGGGUGUCUUCUACCAGUGCUGGAUCUGGUUCCGGUUUGAUCACCGGAGUUUCUUCUGCGGGUGGUUUCGCUGAACAGCCAGAUGUAGGAUCCGGCCAAAUUGCAACUACCCAAACCGAAAACGAGUUAAUAGCAAAUUUCGGAUCUCCCUUCGGACAAUCGGUACAGAGUGACACACAACAAGCUAGCUUUGGUUCUGGAUUUGGUAGUGGAACGAGUGGAGUGGGAAGUCUUAACUUAGCUGCAGUGGAGACAAGUGAUAACGGCGCUUCUAGCGCAUUCUCGUCAUCGACUGCCAAUUACGAUAGCGUAAACACGAUUUCUACUAGUCAAGGAGUACCCCAUGAAACAUAUGGUGUCCCCAAAUUCAAAGUAAAAUAGGUUUUAAAUUAAGUAGAUGUAAAAUUAAACAAACCUUGUAAAAUUAAAAAACUCUGUAACAUCGAUAUCGAUAUGAAUGACUAUUUGUUAAAAUUAUAAUAAAAGA